AUGGCGAAGAAGAAGGCACAGAACGGGCGCGCGAAGCAGAAGCAGAAGGCAAAGGGAGGCAACACACCUCGCACUCCCAGACCGAGCUAUGCUCAGCAGCAGAUGCUAGCAGACAGUGAUUGGGAUGAGGAUACGCCCAUCCAUUUUCGUGGCUUCGCGCAGCAGAACAGCCCAUCUUUCACACCCCGCAGCGCGAAUGCCGCCCCGAAGCUUCGUCACACGGGCAUCUCUUUCGUCAGCGCCGGCGUCGACACAUCAUCACUACCGCAACCUCGAGACACAGACGGCGAUAUUGCUCUUGACGAUAGUGAUAGUGAGGACGAGGACGAGGAGGAUAUUGACGACAGUGAAUUGCAGACAAACAUCAUGGAGGCGGACAUUGAGAUAUCAGAGCAAGGCAUGGCGAACAUGCACAUCCAGACGUCGCACAUACAGUUCGAGGACGACACCGCGACGGCAUCUACUUCAGAUCUGAACACUAUUGGUGUUGGUAAGAGCCCGGAGCGACGUCCAGCAGAUGUAGACAUGUCGGACAACCUGUUCGUGGUGGACACUGUUGGCGACGCAAGCCUGGCAAGCAAGUCGAAGGCCAAUGGCAAGCGUCCUGUCAAGCGAGCACCAUCACCCGCGCGAUCAGACUCUAGCGAAGAGGUCAUUGUCUUCAGCGGCCGCAACAAGCCGACUAUCUUUAACAAUCCUGUCACACGAUCCGCAAAGCCUACGCCAGCACCCCCAGUUCGCUCGUCCAGACAACAAAGUCCACAUGUGACAGAUGACUUACUGAACGCACUCAGCACCGCUCCACGACAAUCGACACUACCCCCAAGCGGCUGGGGAUCUCGGCCAACCAAGCAGCCUAGCCAGCCGAACGACGCCUGGGAGCCAGCACCAGAGACACCCUACUGGAAGAAGAACAAGGGCAAGCCACGACCUGACCUUGGCCCAUCUGCCGCAGAAAUGAAGAGGCUCGAGCAGUCUCCACCUAAAGACUCGAAGGUGCAGUUCGCAAACCCCAAGGGCAAAGAGAACGAGAAGGGCGCUGAAGACACUAUUGCUUCACUACAGGCGGAUUGGAAGAAAACUCUCCGCGAUAAGAAGGCGGCGCAGCUCGACUUUCAGGAGCUUGCCUCGAAUGAGAGCUCGAAAUCUUCGAAGUCAUCCAAGCGCAGGACCAAGCGCGGAAGAAAGAAAGACAAUCGUGCCAUGCGCGCAGCAAUCACAUCAGACGACGAUGCGAGCGACAGUGAAGCGACGUAUGACUACAUGAUGAACAUGAGGGCGCAGGCGGCGCUGGAUGGCGCCGACGAUGUCGAUGCCGCUCUUCUGGCUUCCCUGAAUGUGGACUCGCGCUUCCCGCCAGCAAUGGUGGUUGAUGGGAAGCCAGUAAGCGAUGGUGAACUGCUACCCAGGCACAAGAAGACUACCAGCCAACCGGAGGGCACAUACAAGCUCAAUGAGGUCUCCGACUGGGAGGAUGAGGAUGACAGCGAGAUGAACCCCGAUCCAGAUGAGUUGUCAUCUGACGAUUCACGCGACAUGGAUUCCUCUGAUCUUGAGGACGAGCUGGAAUAUGCCCAACGCGAACAGUGGGAAGAUGAGGAUGACCUGCGCCAACGCCGAGCAGAUCGCAUGACGGAUGAGCAGGUUGCACGCCUACUGGCGAAGCAGGAAGAGCUUGGAAUGGGCUCGGACGAGCUGAUACUCGACAAUGGCAUGGACAUCUCAGAUGAUGGCUUUGGCGACAUCCAGGCUGCACGUGCUGGUUUGGGUGACCUCUCCAAGUAUUCUUUCGGCCAUGCUACCAAGACGCCUAGCAUGCGCCGUCAUAGAGGUGAUCGCAAGGAGAACUUCCCAGAUGCAUCCAUGCUCGCAGACGCUGUCGAUCAAUAUGGCGAGAAUGGCUUCGACAUCAUGGACUACGAGCGACCCUCGCUGCGUCCAAGAAAGAAGGGCAGAAAGGGCCAGCUUCCGGAAGAGCUUGAGAUCCUGUCUGAUGAGGACCUGAAAGAAGAGCUAAGAAGCCAGUGGGACACUGAUCGGGGCAAGAAGGCUGCUAAGAAGGCCGAACGCGAAGAACUUCGACGUGAAGGCCUGCUCGGCUCUGCCGGUCGUAAGGGCAAGGCGGAUCUGAGUCAAAGAUACCCACUCGGCAUGGACAUGAAGCAAGUCCACGACGAGCUCAGAGACUUCUUGCGAAGCGACGAGCAUCGCGAACGCGCAUUCCCACCUAUGGCUAAGAUCGAUAGGAAGGCAUUGCACGAGAUUGCGAUGGCUCUAAACCUGAACUCGAAUUCGCGAGGCGCCGGCAAGAAGCGCUUCACUGUCGUCACAAAGACUAGCCGCACAGCUAUCUACGAUCAAGGCAUGUUCAACGAUGUGAUCAAGGAAUCAACUCGUGGCUUCUUGACCAACACCAAGGCGACCAGAAUAGCAAAGAGGAAUGCACGAGGAAGCACUCGAGGUGGUCGUGGUGGUGGACGUGGUGGCGGUGGCCUUGAUGCCGCUACUGUUCGUCAUGGCGAGCUGGUCGGUGCUGGUGCUGCGGAGAUCAGCUCGAACAGCUUUGGCCAUCGCAUGAUGGAGAAGAUGGGUUGGAGCAAGGGCACUGCUCUUGGCAAGGAUCGCGACGGUCUACUCGUACCAGUCGAGCAGCGUAUGAGAGUCGGUACAGCUGGACUAAGUUAA